CCCGUCUUCGCUUCAUUGCCGAUGAGCUCUCUCACUUGCGCAUUCCGUGUUUGGUUCCAUGUGGCCGUCCAUCUCGGCCGUGCAGCUGUGCCUGACGGGGCUCGCCGACCUCUCAAUGGUGCCAGCGAUCGCCGUGAUCCAGCAAAACCGCCGGCACUUUGAGCUGUUUGUGGCGUCCAUGCACAUCGUGGUGUCGCUCGCGCACAACAUCAGCCAGUCCUUCGACGUCCCGCUCUUCCUGUCCGUCGACGACUGGCACAACAUGUCGGACGUGCUAUGGAUUGCGUACUUCCUUCUCCUCUGCAUCCAUGUACUUGGACUCAAAGACAUCCAACACACCAUGAUCUUGCGCUACGUCGCGUUCUCGUGUGCGUGGAUGGCCAAAACCAAGGACACGUGGACCUCAAACAAGUACUCGGCGGUGCUUGUGGGAGUUGCCAUCGCGCUUGUCAUCCUUGUGCGCCUCCUAUUUCGCGCGGCACUUUUGCCCAUUAACUUGAAACUCGCAGGGUACGCAGCCGGUGCGGGUGCCGUCUCAAUGGCUCUGUUUGCUUCCCCACGAGUUGUCCACAUUGGCGAAGUUCCGUUCUUUACCGUCGUCGUACCUACCUUCCACCUGGCCUUGGGCGCCAUGUUCUACUUUGGGUGGAAGUGCGUUGCCGCAGUUGCCCCCGCCAAGAUCUGGGACGACAGCUUGACUGUCCACUUCAUAUGAGUAAUUCAAAAACCUUUCGACUCCA